AGUUGAAUUUACUGGAUGUUGGAGAAAUAUUACGACGACAACAUUUUCACAAGCGCAUUACUGGCGACAAAAUUAUUGAUAAAACGAACAAUAUUAUUUGGGACUAUACGGAAUAAUAAAAGAGAAUUGUCCCAGCUAGCAAAAUCAGCCAAAGACGAAUUGGAACAUUUCGCAACAGUACUUUAUAAAACAAAUAAUUGUACUCUAACAAUUUAUAAAUCUAAACCAGCCAAAAAAGUUACAAUACUAAGUUCGAAGCAUAAAAGAAUAAAAAUCAAUAACGACAGAAAACGAAUACCUGCAACAGUCGCAUAUUAUAACAAAACCAAAUUCGGCGAUCAAAUGGCAAGAAAGUACAGCGUCAAAUCAAAAUCUUAUAGAUGGCCUGUACAAGUUUCUUUCAACAUACUUGAUUUGACUGGUAUAAAUGCAUGGAUCCUUUAUAAAGAAACAAGUAGACAAAAUAUAUCCAGACAACAAUUUCUACUACAAAUAGCAGAAGAGCUAAUCGAAGAAUAUCACGAAUUUCUCCAAGAAGAAAAAGAAGACUUACAAGGAACAUGGUCGUGGUCAAGGCAAUAUUUCGCAUUCGCAAAAAACAUGUCAGAUACGAUUGUGCAAAGAAAAUAAAACAACUAAAGCUUGUAUAAUUUGUGAAACAUAUAUUUGCGGUAAAUGUAUAAAGGAGUAUUCAUUUGCAAAAAUGGCACUAAAUAAAUUAAAUCUAUCCUUCAUUUAUUUCUAAG